UUGUGUUGGCCAUGCGAAGCUUUUGCGGUGAGUGUACGUAGCUGCAUUUAUGCAAGAUUCGAUUCUGUAAAAAUGCCGUACGUACGAGGAAAUGUUCGUGAAACAACACCCUUGUUGAGGAGGAACGUGAGCUCGAAGCUCGAUUUAAAGCAACUUCUUCUGCGAAGGAUACCGAUUCUGACAUGGCUGCCUCUCUACACUUGGAGCAAACUUCUCCAAGAUAUUUUAGCAGGAUUGACAGUGGGUUUAACUGCUAUACCGCAGGGCAUAGCCUAUGCAAUCGUGGCUGGACUUCCAGCUCAGUACGGCCUGUACAGCAGUUUCAUGGGGUGUUUCGUCUACUUGGUGUUCGGCAGUUGCAAAGACAUCACGGUUGGGCCUACAGCAAUUAUGGCUUUGUUGUCGCAACAGCACGUUAUAAGACUCGGAGAAGACAUAGCCGUGUUCAUCUGUAUCGUGUCGGGUUGCGUUAUUACGGUGAUGGGGUUGCUCCAUUUGGGAUUUCUCCUGGAAUUCGUUAGCCUGCCAGUAAUCUCUGGAUUCACUAACGCGGCAGCAAUAAUAAUAGCAACGUCUCAGCUUGGCACGCUUCUCGGAUUGACCGGCAGAAGCGACUCGUUCAUCGACGCCAUUGUUAAAGUUGCGAAUUAUGCUAACGAGAUUACACUCUGGGACACGUUAUUAGGAGUCUGUUCCAUGAUUCUACUCGUCUGCUUGAAAAAAUUGCCUGGCAAGAAAAAUGGGACAGCAUUUCGGAAGUUUCUGUGGGUAACAUCAUUGGCAAGGAACGCUGUCGUAGUCAUCUUUGGGAUAAUAUUAAGCUAUUCAUUGUCCUGUUAUGGCAUCAAGCCUUUUAAAAUUACUGGAAACAUAACCGAAGGCUUGCCGCCAUUUGGUCCACCGCCGUUCUCUAUCGUAACCCAGAACUACACAUAUAAUUUCGUGGAGUUAGUUAGCGAACUAGGAAGCACCACUAUUUCGAUUCCCCUGAUCGCCAUUUUGGAGAGCAUCGCUAUUUCCAAAGCAUUCGCGAAAGGGAAAACAGUCGAUGCUAAUCAAGAAAUGUUGGCUUUGGGACUUUGCAACAUUUUCGGUAGCUUUGUACGAUCGAUGCCCGCCACAGGAAGCUUCACAAGGACCGCCGUAAACAACGCUUCGGGUGUAAAAACACCGAUGGGCGGUGUAAUUACUGGAUGCCUGGUGCUUUUAGCCUGCGGCCUUCUGACCUCGACUUUUGAAUUCAUCCCGAAAGCAACCCUUGCUGCAGUGAUUAUCGUUGCCAUGUACUACAUGUUCGAGCUUCAUAUUUUCAGCGUGCUUUGGAGAACCAAAAAGAUCGAUCUGAUACCUUUGACAGUGACUUUGCUGAGCUGUUUGGCAAUCGGUCCGGAAUACGGCAUGAUUGCCGGGAUCAUGGUAAAUCUGAUUCUCUUGCUCUAUUUCGCGGCCAGGCCUGGAUUAUUGAUCGAGGACCGCGUUGUCGAUGGACUGAUGAUCGUGUUCGUAUCGCCGAAACAAUCGCUGAGCUACCCGGCCGCGGAAUACCUACGCGAACGAGUGAUGUCCUGGUGUGACGGCAGAGCAGAAACAAUUCCCGUGGUGGUGGAAGGUCGCCACGUGCUUCGAAUCGAUGCCACUGUCGCUAAAAACCUGGCUCUGCUGCUGGCCGACUUGCAGGCCAGGGACCAGAUCCUCGUCUUUUGGAACUGGUGCGAGGAAGUCAGGCGGACUUUGAUAAGCUACGACGCUUCCCUGGCGAUGUCUUUCAAGACUUCCGGCAGCAUAGCUCAGAUAUUUUCAGGUAGAAUCGCGCCCCCUCGCGUUCUACGCAAGUGAAAUUCUGAAUCUAACGAAUGUGCGGAACACUUUCCUUGGAAUUUUUGGAAUGCGCCGAAACGAGCGCUCUUUCACCAAAAUCCCGUGCAAUCAAGCCACGCGGACGUUGGAAAUAUUUCAUUUAACGGUUAAAACUUCGGCGGGGAUUACUCCUCCGCGAGACACAAAUACGAGGACACCUUUUAAUCAUUACUACUCCUUUGAAUAGUUUAAAUCUUGAAUCCUAUUCGAGACUAGCUUUUGGACACAGGAAACCGUUUAGUUCCCUCGAAAAUAGAUACUGUUUCUCCGUAAAACCUUUUAAGCCCCCGUUCACCUUCAUAGAGUUUUAAUUUCAUGUCAUGUCGCCAUCUUGCAUUUCAAAAUUGAUACCAUUUUCGUAAUUAACGUCCCAAAAGACCUUCAUAACGACACCCAUGCCGAUAUUCAGGCGUAUUUACACCAUAUUUACAUGUUAAAUUUGAAAUUUCUCGAUCCAUUUACGGAAAUAAGGCAACAUUAAUAGGUGUGUCAAUGAACAUUCGGACCAAGUAUCAGGUAAAUCCGACCACGAACAAAAUACAUAUGUCCCGUACAAACGUUGCAACCCCUUUUCACCCCUUUUCGUGUGUCAAGAGAAAUCCCCCUGUCAGUAGUAAGGACGACUACCGUUCACAUAUCCAAUCGAAAAUGACUUGCAGUUAUCCAAGCAUUGCUAUAAUGUAUACAGUAAGUGUAAAAAGUAUUCGUACACUAGUCAAUUUCAACAAAAACUUUG